AUGGAGCCAACCGAGGAAUCGAUCUUGGAUAGCGAAGAACCAACCAGCUUCAACGAAGCUUUCGCUGCCUGUUUGGCUCGAAAAGAAUUUGGGACCUUCGAAUGUGUCAAUCGUGGUACCCUAAGUGCUCUUCAAUCGCUUAAUCACAAGGAUGAUCUGGAUUUUGGAAACGUGCACUUGGAAAGGGCUGACGGUCAAAGUAGACAACUUCUAGAUUGGGAUUACGAUCCAAAGGAUUUUGGGAACAUCGUGAAAGCGACGACUAAAUUGAUUGAACGUAGAAGUCUUAAAUGGAAUUUAGAUAACCUGUAUCCAGGAUUGCAGUUGCGAGCUGGGCCGAUGUUAAAUGGGAAUGGGAUUAUGGAAUUCGUCAUCACUGAAAGAGCAACGUCUUUUGGUGAUAGGCAAGCUGGUCCAGGAAGGCAAAUGAUGAGGCACCUGUUGAUACCGUUCCUCCUAGGCUUCAAAUUCAACUUGGCAUCUCUUAUUCCAUUGCUAUUUGGAUUUUUGCUGAUACUCACGAAGAAAGCUUUAUUAUUGACGAAGAUAGCGCUGGUGAUUAGUGGUUUGCUGGGUUGGAACUCUUUGUUGUCUGCUGGCCCGUCUCAUUAUCCAGGGGGAGGAUUCCAUACGCAUGGACACGAGAUACCAGUCGGAGGAUUUCCGUACUACGAACAUUAUAAUUUCCAUCAUAGACCGUAUAGGGUAUUUCAGGGCAACGACUUCGAACCGUACAGUCAGCAUGUGAUUAGAGAGGUCGUCGACGUUCACGAUAACACGGAGGAACUGGUGAAGAACAAACGGAAUGGCAAGAAUUUCGUCUGGGUAAAAAGUAGUUGA